UAACUAUUGACAGGUUUGAUGUACUCAGCAAGUGGAAAGUAUGGGGAAAUUGGAGUUUGAGUUGUGUACCCUCAGGCCCAUGACUGUAAUGGAAAGAUUAAAAGCCGUGGUCACAUCACCAACCCAGAGCCAAAACAGGAGCUGCUCGUCCAUGUUUGCUCCCAUCACCUCCAUUUUUACUUUCUACUAGCGACAGUAAAUAGAUUACAGGGGAUUCACUUAUUUAAAGACUUGGGCAAAAGCUCUGCAGUGUAUUUUUGGCCCAUCCAAGAAUAACACAACUACAGCAACAAUGCUUGAGGCACCAGAGGAUUCUAAUUGAACAGCACUGAGCCUGGAUCACACUUUCAUCUGUUGUAGCCGGACUGACUGCACCAGGAGGCUCCAUCAUGUCUCUGAGAUUACUGCCUGCUAUCGUUAUGGACAACGACGAGGACGAUGAUGGUAACUUCACAAAAUGGAUGAGUAGUUACUGGGGUCACGGAGCAGAAUCUGGACCCAGCAGGGAGAGAAAACGCAGUUUCAGGAGGCCUGCAAAAACACAAGUUGACCGAAGAGCAUCUCUCCCGACUGUGUCACAGCUGGAUGCCAUGAAGUUAAACAGGUUCCAUGCAGCCACGAUGGCUCCGACUCCGAGUCACAUCAAACCCAGGGAGGAGAAGGGGGAGGUCAGGCCUCACCCGAGGGCUCGACGGGUCUCCUCAGACGACAACAGUCGCUCCAAGACGGUCCUUCCAGAGAACCGCAUCAGCACCAUCCCAGAGCUCACUGAGUCACUGGAGAAGAGACUUUGUCUCACUGAUAAAAGAACCAUGUCUCUGAAUGAUAAUGACAAGUUGUGCCUGAUCUGUCACGAAGAACUGCGUAAAAGUGGAGGAGUUCAAGAGUUCCACUGUACACACUGCUUCCACAAAGAGGCGGCUCGGAGGUUAGAGCAGUGUCGACCCCAAAGCAGCAGCAGCAGCAGCAGCAGCAGCGAGGCGGCAGCUCUCCCAGUGAGGAGGCCGUCGGAUGAGAGGAGGAAGUCAGCAGAUGAACCGAUUUUCAAGGAAAAAGAGCAGUACACAUUUCGUCGCCAACUGUCCCUGCGGAGGCAUCGCUGAUGUCACUCUGUGGAGGAUCAGGAUUCUCUCCUGAAUAUUUACAACUGUCGUCUGUGACAUUCAAGUGUUCAACUCUCAGGGCCUUGACUGCGUUUGACCUGAUAAGUGUCCUAAGGUCCCCAUCGCUGUGUCAGCUCUGGAGUCAUUACAACCCCAAAAGCUGAAGUAAAAGGACUUACAAGUCCAAAUUCAUGAGUAAAAACAUUUAAACAUCUGAAAAAGCCUUAAAUUUUUGGGCUUGUUUGCAAUUCUUUUAGAUAAAUUAUUUGUUUUGAGUUUCUAUGUUCAAGAAGUUACUGGUACUUGAAAUUUUCUGCUUAUGUUAGCUUGUAUUUAUCACCUGCCACGUUAAAACACCUUUACUACGGCCAAACAAUUUGUGCCUCUGUAAAAUAUUACCUUAAAAAGGAAAAAUAUGUGCAAUAAUGGUACUUUAUGACUAUGAAUGUAAUUUCAUUGCGUCAUACAGUGGAUGUAUUUACUGUGCUUGCUGUGAUUUGGUUGCAUCCUUCUCUUCAUGGUUUUUUAGCCACUUUAUGAACUGUAGACUCUACUAAGGACAUUUAGGACGACUUGUGUAACCUUGAUUUAUUUGAUGUAGCUCUAACAAAGUGUUUUGUGUUCAGUCAGUGUUAAGAUUUUGUGCUGUAACAGGAAAAACAAAGAGCCAAUAAAUAACAAAGGAGGUAAAUCCGUAUAUUUAAACUAAUCUGCAUGGGAUUUGACAUUUUUUCCAGCUUUUUCAGCACAGGAAAUUACUUGCAUUUGAAAUAGUUGGGCUCCUUCAACAAUACAGUGGAUGUAAAACACAAGUCCUCCAGCUUGUGCUCAGUGUUGAUCACAUCAAUGAAGAAAAUCAAUACCUGUGCCGUAAAAAGUUAAGCUUUUUUUCUCCAACGGUCUUUAAGUAUAAUUUUUAAAAAUAUUUUUUAAUAUACAUUUAUCUUAUUUUAUGAAAUUGCAAAUAAUAUUAAAUCACAGAAACAUGUAUUAAUUUACAUGGUAGCCAUUAUCAAAUAUAACAAAACAGUAAACUAAUAACUAUAAUAAUAAAAUUAAAUUAAUUAUUUUACAUUUGUCUACUAAAUUACUUUAUUUUCUAAAAUUAAUUAAAAUUAACAAAAGUGUUUUUAUACAAAUAUUUGUCAGUAUUUGAAAGAAAAAACAUGUAUAUUGAGGACCGAAAAAGGUUUAAUAUUUUUUACUUCUACAGAAAAGUGCCGAUUUACAUGUUGACUGUAAAAAAAAAUUCACAAUUUUUAAAAAAAUGUAAAAAAGACACUAAAGACCAAAACACUAGAUAAUGUAAACAGAAAAAUCUGUGCUUUUACAAGUGGCAAUUCAUUCUUUUAUAAUGUGUAAAAUUAUACUGUUUUGCUGUAUUUAAAUCUUAUUUGUUGUUUUUCAAUGUUUUUCAAUGUUUUUUGAACGUGACACUACUCUGUUUUUCUGGUACACUUGUUGCCAGAUUUUCACAGUUUUUUUGUUUUUUUUAACAGAUUUUUUUACCGUGUGCAUAUAUGAAAAAGUUCAGGCUCAGUAUAAACAGAAGCAGUCGAGGUAACAAUGUCUUUUAACAUGUGUUUCAGUGCAUGGAGCAGUGGCUCUGGAAGAAACAGAUGUGUCCCACAUGUCGUGUCCACGUGUCCAUCUCAAAGCCCCUCUACUGGUCUUCAUCACGCACUACAGUCCCAUAAUGGUCCUGCAUGUCCACGUGACCUACUGACCCCAAAAUCUCCAUCAAACCUCCAGCAAACAUCCAGCAAACCUUCAUCCCUAAGUCGUCUGCAUGAACACCCACUGAGAGACUGUCCUCUAUCGCUGGACACUGUGAGGGAGAAACUGCAAUCUCACACUGCAUCUUUAUAUAUAAUAUUAAUGUAGAAUCUCCAGUGCAAAUUAAUGCAUGAUUAUCAGAGGUUUUGUCUUUAUUGUCCUUUUUUGUUUUCCACAUUUUUCAGAGGCAUCCUAAGAACCUGAAUCCUGCAACUAUGUAAAGCCAAUUUAUAUUUUCAGUAACAAAUAAGAUAUUCUUUCUUAAUGAAUCAGCUUCACUGUGCACUCAGUUCAGGUUGGACAUUACCAAGUUGAACAAAUUCUGAAUUCUGGACACCGAAAAGUAAAAAACAAACAAACAAAAAAACCCCAUAAGAAACAUAUGAGCAUAUGAGUAUUCGGAGCUUCAGCAGAGCUUGAUUGUAUACAUCACCAAAACAGAAAAGGAUAAUUGAGAAGUUAAAGGUGUUGCCAUGGGACUAAAGUAUAAUCCCAAAUACCAAGAGUGAAAAACAAGAACCAUUUCAAAUGAAAAAUGAGAAAACAAUCCAAUUUUAUUUUUUUCCAUUUCAAACCAAAAGUGAAAAAACAUUUAAAAUCAGGUGACACAAAAUGAGAAAAUUGGCUUUUAAUUUCUCUUUGCAAAGUAAACACCACAAAUUAAUGAGGAGGGUGAACUGGAAAUAAAAUGCUGUUUUAAUACUCUGCCACACAGAAUAUUCUACUUUACUUCAGUCACAAUAUUACACAUAGUAUUCCCAGUAUCAUUUUAGAUAACCAAUAGCAUUCAGUGUUAUAGCCUUUGUUCAUCCGUCGUUGGAUCUCUAACUUUCUGAGUGGUUUUAUACUUUAACAGAAGGUUGAAUAUUUCUGACAUGUAUUGAGUGCACUGUAAGUGGUGCAAGUAGACAGAUUUCCAGUGCAUUCCAGUACCUGCACUCCUAUACUAUACAACAUGCCAAAAACAGAUUUAAAAGGUCCUCAUGCAUAGUAUGUCAACCAUCCAUCCAUCCAUUAUCUAUACACCACUUUAUCCUCAUUAGGGUGGUGGGGGGACUGGAGUCUAUCCCAGCUGACUUGGGACACCCUGGACAGGUCGCCAAUCUAUCACAGGGCUACAUAUACAGACAAACAAUCACACUCAGAUUCACAUCUACGGACAAUUUAGAGAUUACCAGUUAACCUCAGCAUAUAUACCAUAUACAUAUACAUACCGUAAUUACGUCAAUCAACCAGAUCACGUUCCAGUAUCUGAGAACAGAGGUGAUGGGUCCUUUGCAGUGACUGCUCCUAAUCUCUGGAACAGUUUACUGUUUUGUGAAAGAACUGCUCAGACUUAAACCUAUAAAUGGCUUCUGGAGACCCACAUGUCCUCAUUGGCGUUUGAUUCAAGAACAGUUUGACACUCUGACUUCAUCUUUGUUUUCUAAUUUUUCAUUCUAUUUACUUUGUCUACUUUUAUUCACAUUUGUAUUUUAGUCAUUGGGUUUUAUUGGGUUUUUGUGUUUUCCUAUUUAAUCAUACAGCACUUUGGUUGAACUGUCGCGGGUCAAUAAGGUGAUUGGUAAAUUAAUUUGACUUUGACUACUGGAAGUGAAUGCAAUUUGGAAUGCGGGGUCUGUUUUAUUUGGACAGAGCCAAGCUGUUUCUGUCUGUUUCCAGUCUUUAUGCUAAGCUACGCUAAGCUAACUGACUGCCGACUGUAGUUUAACACACAGAAUAAGAGAGCAUCAACCUCAUCUGCUAACUCAAAGGAAGAGGAUAAGUAUAUUUCACAAAAUAUCCUACUAUUGAAAUAGAUCUGAAGCAGGUUGUUUAUGAUAUUUAUACCACAUUUGGCUGAAAAAUAAUCUUCAAAACUAAACUGAAUAUGUUCAAACACUUCGAUAUUAUGUUGCAUAUUUGGAUAUUCAAACUAAUUGCAGCUGGUGUUUCUUAUGUGUGCAUGUGUACAGUAGAUUCAGUCCAUGUUGGCGACAGAACUAAAUGGGCAGAUUUGAUUACAGCACAGACAAAAAUGAUAGUACUUUGCUUACAGCCAGUGAGUGCACACACCUGUCUAAUGCCCCUUCGUCAUCCUUCUGCGUCAUUAUAUAAGUGAUCUCCUUUCUUGUACCGGUGUCAUAUCCCGUCUUCCAUCCUGCCUUACCUUUGUUGUUGUUUUGCAUGUGAAAGUUUUUGCAUGUGAAGUCUACACUGUUGAGCUUUGGAACAUCUCCGUUUUGUUGUGUGUGUGUGUUGCACUGCCAUAUGAGAAGUUUACAGUGUGCACUAAGUCCAACAAACAUCGGACUGCCUGUAUAUAUAUUCACCCAUUUAUAAAUGCACUUAUAUGAACGUGAUUCAAUGCUAGUUAAAGACAAACAGUUGUCUUUCCAUUAUGAGUAUUUCAUGUGACUCACAAGAAAAAGUUAAUCUCAGUUCGUUUACUAAAUGCUGGUAAUCGCUGGUGACUAUGCUUUGAUUAACGACGAACAAACAUGAAUCUGUUUGCACUCUGCAGAAUGAAUAAAGAUUGUUGGCCUGAGUGUGAUUUUAACAUGGAGCCUAAAUGUUCAGUAAAUUAUAUUGAUGAAUUCGCUACUCUGAAGCAUAAAGUGACACUGGGAUCAGCACACAACAAGCCGAGCAGCAUCGCCCUUCAGCUGCCAUGUUCACUGUCCUGCUGAAAAACAAACACACAGCACUGUUUUGCUGUGACUGUUGUGGUCUUGAAUAAAAACACACUGCUGUGACACACCCUUGA